GUCAGCCGGAACCUUUUCCGCCGAGGGGCCGGGCACUUUUGGGCGGAGCACUUUUGGACCGGAAGUCGGCGGAGGAAGAUUGGCCUGUGGGGACCGAGCGCUUUACUUGGGAGAAUGAGCGUCCAUGGUCUCCUCGUGGCGGGAGGAAAGUGGCGAUGUUUUCCAAUUUCAUUACGGUCAUCCUUGGUCCAUGCUCUCCAUAAUUCCUGCUGUCGGAAAAAAUCCACUGCACCUGAAAAGAUUAUUCCCAGUGUUGGUCUUUGUGAUGAAAAUACAAGAGAAUCUGGAAAUGCACUUGACAAGCUCUUCUCUUCAGAGCAGCAAGCUUCCAUCCUUCAGGUGUUGAAUACCGCAUCUAAUAAAGAACUUGAAACUUUCAGAUUGCUUCGUGGAAGGAAAUCCAUCAAUAUUAUAGAGCACAGAGAGAAGUUUGGGCCAUUUCAGAAUCUGGAGAGUUUAAUGAAUGUGCCCUUGUUCCAGUAUAAAACUACCAUUCAGGUUUGUAACUCCAUUCUUUGUCCAGAGACCAGAGGGGAAAAAAGAAAGUUCCAAGACAACCGGCUCUUGAGAAAGCUCAUCAAACCAGAAAUAAAAAGAGAGAGACUUAAGGCAGUUAAUAGCAUCGUAUCCAUUGUUUUUGGAACUAGAAGAAUUGCCUGGGCCCACCUGGAUCGUAAGUUGGCAGUGCUGGACUGGCAGCAGAGUGAGUGCCGCCAGUUGAUGAAAGGAACAUACUUAUCAUCUGUCUAUUUACAAGAGAUUUCUUCAGUCAUUUCAAAGAUGCCUAAUUCUGACUUCUAUGUUCUGGAAAAAAUAGGGCUUUCAAUUCAGAACUCCUCUCGGUUUCCCGUGGUGUUACAUUUUCAUAUCAUGGAAGCCAUGCUGUAUGCCUUAUUAAAUAAAACCUUCGCCCAGGACGGCCAGCACCGGGUCCUGAGCAUGAAUCGAAACGGAGUGGGGAAGCACCUUGACCUGAUGGUCGGGGACGCGCGGACCAGCGGCAAAGAACUGGUGAAGCAGCUCCUCGCGGAGUCCGUGCUGAAGGAGGAGCCUCGCGUCCGCUUCCCGUCGGACAAGAUCGUCCGCUACCGACAGAUGUUUGCGGCGACGGAACAGCAGAGAGCAGAAGAGUUCUAUGAUUCCUUGUUGCAAGCCGUUGCCUUCUACGAGUUAGCAGUUUUUGACACUGAACCUUAAAAUUCUGAGGUUACCGUCAUGAACUCUGCUGUUAUAUAUAUUAAAUUGUAUUUAUUACUUGUACAGCUGUAAGACCAGCUGUUUUUAACAACCAUGUUUAUGGAGAAGAAAACAUGCUGGUGUUCAGAUACUUAAAGCCAGGCUGUCAGCUGUUAAGUUGGUCACACAAUAAUGACUGGGCCAAAUCAAUAAAUAUUUUAGAGGAAAA